ACCCACAACAACUCCACAACGUCUUCAGCUGAAACAACGAAGAGCUCCACUCCACAGCGCAGGACAGAGAUUCCCCGGCCGGGUCAGCGCCCGACACCGCGGCCAGAUCCAACCCCCUGUCCUGCAAACCCACCCAGAAGGAAAUGGAAGAAAAAAAACAUCACAGCACAGUGCAAACUCUGCCUUCCAUCUGUGAAGACGCCGUCUUUAUCGAAGGACUCGACAUCUAAUUUAAAGAAGCAUUUGCAGAGGAAGCACCCAAGUGACUUGACCAAAAAAAGACUCUAACCGGCCAGAGACGAUUGAGCAGCCUAGUACUGAUCUGAUCCUGGACAAGGGGCCGUGCAUCCUCCUUUCAAACAAGCAGAGCGUGAACCUGGACACAGCUCAUCCCAAAGUGCAGUCAAUAAACUAAUAUUUGAAUUUGUAACUGAUGAUGUUCAGCCAUUCUCAUUGGUUGAGCAGCCUUCAUUCAAAAAAAAAAAAAAACUGUGGCGGGUGAAAGACCCUAGUCCAGCGCAUUGAGAAGGAGUUUGCUGUUAUGAAAAAUAGCGUGACUGAAACAGAUUUGUGGACUGCACAUAACAGAAGGUUCUUAGGCAUGAGAUGCCACUGGAUUGAGGAAAACACUAUGGAGAGGACGUCUGCGGCACUGGCCUGUGCUUGAGUUAAAGGACGGCAUACUUUUGAUGUUUGUGAAAUACAUGCGGAGCACAAACUGCUACACAUUGUGAGGUCUACCGUGACAGAGAAUGGGAGUAAUUUUGUUAAAGCUUUCUGUGAAUUUGGAACAUCUAUGGAGGUACCUGCAGAUGAGUUGGAAUAUAAUGGAAUAUGAUUUUUGGAUAUGGAUGGGAGGUGAGGAGCUUCAUUUUUUUUCUUCCUCCUCAUCAGAGAUGCUCCGCACACACCCUGAACCUGAUUGCCACCAUUCAGGUGUAUAAAGCGGCAUCAGGAGGUCAUUCCCGGAAAGUUUACUGAAGUGCAAUGGGAAAUUGUGCAAGAUGUUGUGAACAUGAGAGUGUCUGUUCCAUGUGUUACCAGAUGGAAUUCAGAGUGUGAGGCCAUUUCCAAACUGAUUGGUCUCGGAGAUGAUCAUCUGACCGUCAUCUGUGGAAAACUUGGAGUUACCAGACUGCACCCGCAUGAGGUGACGUUUCUGAGAGAGUACUGUAUGUGGAUGAGUUACAAGCCCUUUCCCAGUCCACUGAUCUUCUACAGGAGGAGAAAAGAUGCUACCUUGGAUUUGGAGGCAACAUCUUUGGUCUCCUUGUGGAGACCUGGAUCUUUGGUGUCCAGGGCUUCUUGUGCAGCUGAGAUGAGGAUUUACCCUGAGACUGAUGAAUCAGAUGGGGAUUAUUUUGUGUUCGUAAAGACAAAAAGGGCUGAUGACGGCACAGUGGAGGAAGACGUUCGUGAGUUCCUUGAUGAUCCUGAGGAAAGCGUGCAGUCUUUAAAUUCAUCUCCCCUGCUCAAGCAGCUCUUCAUGAAGUAUAACACCACUUUGCCUUCUAGUGCUCCUGUUCAACGUGUAUUCAGUUAUGGGGGAAAUGUCCUUCCAUCAUCUCGUAGCAGAACGUCUGAUGACCACAUGGAGCGAGUCCUCCUGCUUCAUUACAACGGAAGGUUUUGCCCAAAGCUACUGAAUAAAAAUGAGCAGCAGCCAGUAAUAAUGAGCCACUUCAUCACCGGGAACGGGAAGCGAAUGGUGGCGUAUCGGAGAUAUGACGGGACUCUGAUAGAAGUCAAACCCGAGGCGGAAGAAGAAGUGGAUCCGGUGCUGAAGGCCAUCCGGGACGGAGAUGUUGGAACUUUGAGAAGGCUGAUCAAAAAGGUCGACUGCAACCUUCUGAUGCCGAACGAAUACGGCUGGAUUCCACUUCACGAGGCUGCGCAAUACGGCCAGCACGAGUGUAUUAAAGCGCUCCUGAGAGUCCAACCCGGGAUGAUUAACAAGCGCACGCUGAAGGAUCAGACGGCUCUCCUGCUGGCCGUGUCGAAGGAGAACGAGGAGUGUGUGUUGUGUCUCCUGGAGAAAGGCGCAGAUCCAGACAUCCCCAACAAGGAGAAGGAGACGCCGCUGUAUAGAGCGUGUGAGAAGGAAAACCCCGCCAUCGUGGCCAUGCUGCUGAACCACGGCGUGGCGGUCAACAAAAACUGUAUCCAAGGCUGGACGGCGCUGCACGAGGCCGUGUGCAGGAACAACGUGGAGAUCUGUGAGAUGUUAGUGAAGGCAGGGGCGAAAAUUAGCACGCCCAACGUGUACGGCAUCACCCCCAUCUUCGUGGCAGCUCAGAGUGGGAACGUAGAUGCGCUCCGCUUCCUCCUGAAAAACGGCGCCGAUAUCAACAGCCAGGCAGCAGAUGGAGCCACGGCGCUUUAUGAAGCCUGUAAGAACGGUCAUGUGGAGAUCGUGGAGUUCCUGCUGUCUCAAAAAGCUGACGCCAACAAACCGGGCAAAACCGGACUGCUGCCGAUUCACAUAGCAGCUCAGAGGGGACACGAUCACACCAACCUCUUCACUUUCGGGUCAGAACACAAUACUGACAGGGCGCUUCAGAUCGUGUUGAUGCUCAUCCCUGCCACCAGCAAGGCCCGUGUGAGGCGUAGCGGCAUCAGUCCUCUCCAUGUCGCCGCCGAGCGAAACCGAGACGAGAUCCUCGAGCUGCUCAUCGAGUCCGGCUUCGACGUCAACGCCACGCUGUCCGAGGACCGCAGAAUAAUGUACGAGGACCACCGCAGCACCGCCCUCUACUUCUCCGUGAUCAAUAACAACAUCUAUGCGACCAGCAUGCUACUACAAGCCGGCGCCGACCCCAACCUGGACACGUUCAGCCCACUGCUCGUAGCCCUGAGGCAGGGCUGCAUAAGCACUGUGACCUUAUUGGUGGAACAUGGCGCUAAUGUCAACGCCUACAUCCCCAUGCACCCCACCACCUUCCCCGCCACCGUCAUGUUCUGCAUGAAGUACCUCAUCAUUCUCAAGUACCUGAUGGACAACGGCUGCGACGCGCUGUCGUGUUUUAGCUGCGUGUACGGCAGCGACCCCCACCCGCCUCUGAAAACAACGCCCAGCGAGAGAACACGCUACAGAGACGAUCAAACUACGUCACGCAACACCUGUAUACAGUUCUGUGACAUGGUCUCCACGGACACGUACAGCCCCUGGGCAGGACCCAUCAUAGACGUGCUGCUGGAUUACGUAGGUAACGUGAAGCUCUGUUCCCGGCUCGUCGAACACUUGGACAGUUACUCGGAAUGGGCCAACAUCAAGGAGAAAGCAAUGCCCCCGCGGCCCCUCGUGCAGCUCUGCAGGCUGAAGAUCCGGCAGCUGACUGGAAUCCACGGACUGGACAAACUCAAAAAGUUGCCCCUCCCUGGACGACUGAUCAAAUUCCUGAAUCACGAGGAACGCAUGCUAGAUUUAUGAGCCUCGUUCAGAAAACACAGAUAAAGGGACAGAUUUAAAAAAAAAAAAAAACUGACGGAAGAACAGGGCCAUUCCACCGAUUGGGUGCCGUUUGCUUGUUGUAACUCUUCCAAAUGAAACUUUUUUCAACACUGAAUCUUAUAACACACAUAUUUAACGAUUCAAAAUGUGCAUCGGUCCAGCUCAGGUAACGUUAUUUCAUGUUGCACAAGGUUUCUAAGCGGACGAUGGUUGCAUUUUUCUCAGUCCUGUAACCGAAACUCGUGUGCCAUUUAAAAAGCAUGUUUAAAACCUUCCCAACUGAUCCCUUCGUUCUCCCCUCAAGAACGUGUUUCUUGUGAAGAAAUGGUUUGGUGUUCAGAUAGUCGACGUUUGUGACUAAAAUGAUUCACUGUAUAUGCACGCAUAGAUUCCUUUUACAGGAGACCCAAACUUCAAGUUUAUCCACCUUUUCAUCGCCUCAUUCUAACGGGAAUGUGUGUCCGUAUGUGUGUGUGCAUGCGUGUGAGUGUGUGUGUGCAUGUGUGUGUGAGAGAGUUCUGCAUCGAAGGGAUGUGCUAUGUGCUUGUGGUUCUUCACAGCAAAGGAGGUGGAAAGAGAAAGAACGAGAGAGAGAGAGAGAGAGAGAGAGAGAGAGAGAGAGGGAGAGAGAGAGAGAGAGAGAAAGAAAGAGGGGGAGAGAGAGAAAGGGAGUGAAAGAGGGAAGGAGAGACAGAGAGAAGGGAGAGGGAGAGAGGGAGAGAAGGGGAGUGAAAGAGGGAAGGAGAGACAGAUCGAAGUGAGAGGGAGAAGGGGAGUGAAAGAGGGAAGGAGAGACAGAGAGAAAGAAAGAGGGAGAGAGAGAGAAGGGGAGUGAAAGAGGGAAGGAGAGACAGAUAGAAGGGAGAGGGAGAAGGGGAGUGAAAGAGGGAAGGAGAGACAGAGAGAAAGAAAGAGGGAGAGAGGGAGAAGGGGAGUGAAAGAGGGAAGGAGAGACAGAAAGAAAGAGGGAGAGAGGGAGAAGGGGAGUGAAAGAGGGAAGGAGAGACAGAAAGAAAGAGGGAGAGAGGGAGAAGGGGAGUGACAGAGGGAAGGAGAGACAGAGAGAAGGGAGAGAGAGAGAGAGAGGGUAGUGGGUGUGUCUUGCUCCUUCCCCUGCAGCAUGCCACGGGUGGGUGUUUCUGGCUCCUGCGUAGUCUGGGUUCUCUCCAUCUUCUUCUACAAAAGGUAAGAAAGACAGAAAGUGGAAGAUAUUGUGCAAGUCCUCAGAUCUCUGCUCUGACUACCAGCACCUGAGAUCAGCUUGAAAAGAUUCUUGCUUGUCUACAAAGCACUAAAUGUUUCAGCUGGAAAAACUGCAUCCAAUAGUGUUUUAGCUGGAAUUGCUUUCAGUUUAUGAGAAGCUUUCUCUUUCCAUAAGUAACGGGACUGAGUUUUUAGCAUAGAAUUGGCAAAUACGUGAAAUAUAGCCAUAUGGCGUACAUGAAAAUAGCAUAACCUUCACAGUCCUAGUUACAAUAUCAUCAAACAUACAGAAAAGAAAACGAGAGAAGUUACUUUUGGUCCUCCCAUGGCCGUCAGAAGAUCCAGAUGAUCCAACUGGAUGAUACAAAUUUUAGGGGAGUGGAGGAAUGUGUACAGGACUGAAGGAAAAGCUCGGGACAUGACUAAAAUGUGUAUUUUAACUCAAAUAUUAUGGAUUUCUUAUGAUAAUUUUUUUUUAUUUAAACCAUAGAUGAGAUAUGGACUCACACGACAAUGCAAAAACAUAAGAUCUCUGAAGGAUUUGAAUCAUUAUAUUUAAUGGUAAAGUGUAGCGUUAGAUAGUGGGGACAGGUAACACAUGCUGUGUCCACAGAUCUUCAGUCCAAAGGGGAGAGAGUUCCAAAGUUUAGCAGCUACAACCUCAAAAGCACAAUCUCCUUUGUCUUGAGCCUAGAGCAAAGAAUAAGCACCAAUCCCUGAUCUAAAAUUCCUAAUAUGGCCGCAGUAGCUCUAUAAUACAGGUACAGUAGGUGCGUGACCAUGCAAGGCUCUAAACGUAAUCACAGGAAUCUUAAACUGGAUUCUAAAUAUAAUUGGAAGCCAGUGUAAAGAAAUCAGAUUUGGUGUUACAUGAGACCUUCUAGAUGACUUGGUCAGAAGCUUGGCAGCAGCAUUGUGGACCACUUGGAAGUGGUUGGAUGACAUAUUGCUAAGAAAGCUGAAAUGGGAAUUACAGUAGUCAAGACGGGAGGAGAUAAACGCAUGUAUAAUCGUCCGCAUCUCAGCUCUGGAUGUAACUUGCCUGAUUUUAGCAAUAUUCCUCACUGCUGUAGAUGUACACUGGUGUUUUCUAUGUUUUUGCAUAAAUGUGACCUAAAAGAUUAUCAGAUUUUCACACAAGUCCUCAAAGUAGAUAAAGAGAACCCGGUUAAACAAAUGUUAUUACAAAUAUAUUAUUCUUGGUCACUUAUUGAUUGAGGAAAAUGAUCCAAGAGGAAAAAGUAUGUGCACCUUUGCUGUCAGUCUCUGGUGUGAGCUCCUUGUGCAGUAAUAACUGCAGAUAAACGUUUGGGGUAAGUGUUGAUCAUCUGCACGUCGGCUCGGAGGAGUUUUAUCCCGUUCCUCAGUACAGAACAGCUUCAGCUCUGGGGUGUUGGUGUGUUUCCUCACAUGAACUGCUCGCUUCAGGUUCUUCCACAACAUCUCUACUGGAUUGAGGUCAGGACUUUGACUCGGCCGUUCCAAAACAUUCACUUUAUUCUUCUUUAAGCGUUCUUUAGUAGAACGACUCGUGUGUUUAGGGUCGUUGUCUUGCUGCAUGACCCACUUUCUCUUCAGAUUCAGAUCAUGAACAGAUGUCCUGAUAUUUUCCUUCAGAGUUCGCUGGAAUAAUUCAGAACUCAUCGUUCCAUCAGUGAUGGCGAGUCGUCCUGGAACAGAUGCAGCAAAACAGUCCACAACCCUGACACUACCGCCACCAUGUUUCACAGAUGGGAGAAGGGUCUUCUGCUGGAAUGCAGUGUUUUCCUUUCUCCAAACAUCACGCUUCUCAUUUAAACCAAAAAGUUCUAUUUUGGUCUCCUCCAUCCACAAAACAUUUUUCUAUUAGACUUCUGACUCGUCCACGUGAUCUUCAUCAAACUGCAGAGGGGCAGCAGUGUUGUUUUUGGAGAUCAGUGUUUUCCUCCUCGCAGUCCUGCCAUGCACACCGUCGUUGUUCAGUGUUCUCCUGAUGGUGGACUCAGGAACAUUAACAUCAGCUGAUGUAAGAGAGGUCUUUACUUGCGUAGAAGUUCCCCUGGGCUCCUCUGUGACCUCGUGGACUAUUACACGUCUCGCUCUUGGAGUGAUCGUUGUUGGUCUCCGCUCCUGGGGAGGGGAACACCGGUCUUCAGUUUCCGACAUUUGUACACAAUCUGUCUGGCUGUGGAUUGGUGGAGUCCAAACUCUUUACAGAUGGUGCUGUAAACUUUUCCAGCCUGAUGAGCUUCAACAACUCUUUUUCUGAGGUACUUCUGAGAAUUCUCCUUUGUUCCUGCCAUGACACACUUCCACAAACAAGAUCAGACUUUGAUAGAUAUCAUUUUCCUUCAUUAAUUAAACGACCAAGUAUACUAUUUCUGUCUCAUUUGUUUAAUUGGGUUCUCUUUGUCUACUUCUGAUGAUGUUUUAGGUCAUAUUUUUGCAGUUAUAUAGAAAAUUCUAUAAAAAUUUCAAGCACCACUGUAUUGUGUGUGUGUGUGUGUGUGUGUAUAUAUUCUUUAAACCACUUUACCAUUUUAUAUGUUCAGUAUGUGUGUGUUGAUUUAAAUGAAUUAUAGAUCACAUGAAAUGAUCUAAUUAGAACCUUUUUAGAUGUUUAAGAUGAACCCUUAGGAUUUGGUUUACUAGUGUACUGUACCUGGAAGUGAAGUGCUUAUUAAUACACUGGCCAAAAUACUGUAUUAUAAAUAAUUAUUAGAUGUCAGAAAAUAAUAUUAAAUGUUGAAGUAUUUCCAUUUUAUUGUACACAUUACCUUAACAUAAAUCCUGAAAGAACUGGUAAUAAUGUGUGAUCUGAUCUGAAGUUUAAUUCCUAGUCUGGUCUCAUUCAUUACUUUAGUUAAAAAGAGUAUGUGUGUGUGUGUGUGUGUGUGUGUGUGUGUGUGUGUGUGUGUGUGUGCAAAGAAUACACUUUGGGUCAAAUCUUAUUGCAAAAUUAUCGACUUCGAGGUGGUAACAGUAACUUAAAAAUGACAGCUUUAACUCUGAUUGUUGGAAGUUACUGACACUGGAGACUCCUUCCAUAAAUGUUAAAUAAAUGUCUCUUUACAGCAGAGUUCACCAUA